GCAUUGGCAGCAGACAUGACCACGAGGAGAGGGAAACGAUCAAGAACAACACGAAUGCGGACAACCGAAGAGAAAAAAAAUGUCGGAGAUGACAGCGUGGCAGAGGUCACGAUCGAUAGCAAUCAAGAGAAAACAAUAUCGACAAAGCAGGAGAACCCAGAACGAAGCAAAGUGGAAACGCAAAAGGUCGACAAGGGAGCGUCGCACACCGAGAAGAGGCCACAAGCCACAACAAGAGAGGACGGCGGCGAAGUGCACAUGAUGACAAUGAAGGCUAUUUCGGAGAGAUGGGAGCACCUGUCACAGAAGGACCCGUGGUACAACAGAAUGUACUUGGCAGCUACAAGGGGAACAAUUCGGUCAGCAGAUCUUGGACAAGGAGAAUCAUGCGGGAAGAUGACACAGGCAAACAAGGACAAUAACGCAUCAAGCUCGUCGGACGAGUUUGAGGUUGUUGACGAGACGAAUAUAUAUUCACUCAUGUGGAAAGGCAAAAGGGAGAAGAUCCGACUGGCGGAGGCAGAUGUGAUGUGCCUGGCCGUUGGGAAGUGGCUCAAUGACAAUGUGAUGGAUAUGUAUUUGAUAUCCAUAUACGAAGAGCAAUUGCAAGGUAAGGACACUGCAGCAGUGAAUGUGUGCACAACUUUUUGGCAUCCGGAGGUGCUCGCGAAUCAGAAAGUCGACACAGUGAAAAGGGGAUGGGAGUUGCGUGUGAAGAGUUGGACGACCAAAAUUCAUCGACUGUGUAAAGACUUGGAGGUUGCACCGGUCGUGCUUAUUCCAAUUAACCACAAGCAUCACUGGAUAUUGCUCAUAAUGUUGAAUGUAAGGGAGUUUUGGACUGACUGCACAUGCCCCGACGCCAUAAUCGUCGACUCGUGUGACGGAUACGCCACUCCAGAUUGGAGGGCGUUGCGGACAUUAAUGUGGCACGAGUACCUCAACGACAAAAGAAGGGGUCCGGAUGUCGCACGCCAACUGGUGGACAAGUCGUGGAACACUUGCAGAGAUGUGUUUGGUCGUGGACUAAUCCAUGCGAGGUUUUCACAACGAAGUAACAGAGAGGAUUGUGGUGUGUAUGUAUGUUGCAUGGCAGAAGAGUUGAUAACAAAGUUGGCACAUCCUCCAACCGAGAAUGGUGUCUCGAAAGACGACAUACUGGAGAUUGUAACGAAGAUGCACAUCGAUGGAAGAAUCGUUGAACACUUCCGUAGGAGAGCUGUCGAUCGCAUUGUAGAGUACGAAGAUAUUGCUUCAUCAUUAAAGCAAGUACAGGAAACACACCCACCAGCACGCCUGAGGGAAAAGACUGCGGUCAGGAAAGAGAAGGGGAAAUUCCAGAGAGGGCAACAUGAAAAAAGCAAGACAUCACCUUUGCUGAAGUCACACGCGGACCGUGCUGCGGUCACGACGUCGUGGAAAGCAAACAGGUCUGACUUCAAUAAACGACAACGAGAGUCGGUCCCCGCCUCCCCGGCAUCCACGAAGAAUCGCAUGCGACAGGAUCGAUCUCCGCCACAGGCGCCAAAGAAAAGGUCAUGUGCAGAAGGGGUGGAAGUACAACCUCGGCACAACAUCACAAAUGCGAAGAGGAGGAGAAUUAUUGAGGGGGAGGAGGAAGGGCAGGAGACAAUUGAUUUGAGGGGAUCCGAAGGUGUAGAGGUCGUCAACACCGAAAAACGGCAUGAGUCACGGGACACAGCAGGUCAGACGCAAAGGUCCGACGCGAAGGUUUCGAAAUUGGACACAGCAGGUCAGACGCAAAACUCCGACCCGUAUGAUGAGACAAACGAUGGUGAAGGACGUAACAAGGGCACAUGCGACGAAGGACAAUCGUACGGAGAAGAUGCGAGCAAGGAGGAGGAGGACAGCGAGAAAGGGUAUAACAACACAGAGGAUAGCGAUGGCGAGGUCAAAGAGGAGGAAGACAUAUCUCGGAGCAGCAUCAGGGAAGAAAGGUGUAGCGAAGACAAUACACAAAACACGUCUCGAAAAACGCAAGGAGGAAGAAGUCACGGACGCAGGCACGAUAGCAACGCCAACAAGCAGUUAGUUCUCAAGGAGAAGGCAAUUGAAGGACGUAAGUACGCAAUGUAUGAGAAAAAUAAAAAUAUAUGAACACAAAUGGCUAGUCGAUAUGUUAUUUUGCUCUGACUGUUGUUGUUGCGUGCCUGUUCUGCGAAAUGGUAGCGAACAGUAAAUGUUGUUCGAUAAG